ACGAAAGCGGCACUAGACUAGAGCAGAUUGGGGGGGAGGGGGUGCGUUCAACUGUUUCACAGAGGAAGAAGUAGUGGCAUGACAGGCUGUCUAUUGUAGGUUAAAGUGUGUCUUACCAAACAAGUAUUCAAAGCCAAAAGGUUUGGUUCUAGUUGAGACGAGAUAAUUAUCCCAACACGAUUUCGUGACCUGCUCAAAGGGUUCCAGGACUCUGCACACCUCCUCCACCACCUCCCAUUCCUCUUUGGUCAGACAUCCAACAGUUCCUCUGCCAAGUUCUCUGAGGUGUGUCUGUCGCUGAACUCAAAGCAGUCCAGAAGACAGCUAGACAUGGAAAAUCUUCAAUGAAGUGACAUGUAACUGACAUGUAAGAAGUGGUUACCCUUGAUGUCCAGCAGUCAGUGGUAAGGCAAACUGCAGUAGCUUUUUGGACUCUUCCCCGCACUGAAGCCUGUGUGCUCUCGUACAGUUGUAGAAUAAGUGAUUUUGAAAGGGUUUUCUUGCUUGGAAUUGUGUACAUUGGAUUUAGACUAUUGCUAUAGUUUCUAAAAACCUCUGUCCUCCACGAUCGAAAAUGGCUGGAAUUUGGUGGCAAUAAUUUUAGCAAAUGCAAUAUCAAUUUGGCCUUUGCUACAGACAUAGACUUUGGCAUAAACUGGUCCAUAGAAGACUGCGUAGCUGUGCGUCGCGGAGUAGGCCUACUUGACUGAGUGGAUAUAUCUCCACGUGUGGAGGUGCUGGCUCCACCACUAUCACUAGCAGGCCUAUUAGUUUCUGGAAGCUCUGCUACAGCUAGCUUCACAGUUGGGUGCACAGUUCGCAUACACCGGUGUAGGUUGUGCAUAGAACCGGCUUUAUAUGAGAUUUUGUUUUGGCAAAUUCUACACUGUGCUCUAACAUUGUCUACAUUAUUAAAAUGCAUCCAAAUGCUACUGUGCUUCCGACUCAUUUUCCAGCUGUUGUUUUCACAGCUGUCCUUCUUCUCUCUCCUCGGCUGCUAAGUGUGUGACUGUGAGUGUGUUGGCUCGGCAUCACGCAUCUUUGGUUCAUUGGUUGACACUUCGUGUCUGAUUGACAGGAACAACAGAUUCGGCUCUUCUGAUAUGCGAGCCAGCUCCCAACGUUCACCUACAAGAGCCGGUUCUUAGAGCCAACCAGCCACGUCUUGCUUCCGGACAAGCUAAACACGUUCUUCGCCCGCUUUGAGGAUAACACAGUGCCACCGACACGGCCCGCUACCAAGAACUGUGGACUCUCCUUCUCCAUGGCCGAAUAAAAUGCCACUGUGUGAAAGGGACGUGUGCUAUAUACAAUGGAUUGUCUACGUCCCCACGUUCGUGGUGGGUUUACCCCUCAACCUGGCCACCCUGUGGCUCCUCCUCUUCAGGAUCCGUCGAUGGACUGAGUCCACAGUCUACCUCAGCAGUCUGAUCAUCAACGACAUCCUUCUCAUCUUUUCUCUGCCCUUCAAGAUAUACGCCUUCGGCCGCACCUGGGGCCUGAGCAUGGGCUUCUGCACCUUCCUGGAGAGCCUGGUGUUUGUCAACAUCUAUGGGAGCAUCGUACUGAUCGUGUGCAUCUCGGGCGACCGAUAUGUUUCUCUGCGGUUUCCAUUCAACGGCAAGCGUCUACGCUCGCCACGGAAGGCUGCCCUGGUAUGCCUGGCUGUGUGGGUGACGGUAUUCGCUUUCACCACACCCGUCUAUGAGCUCCACAACAAAAACACCACUAGCCUGCACAACAACAACGAAACCAGGUGUUUCGAGGGAUUCUCCAGGGAAACCUGGGGGAAGAAAUGGAUCAUUGUCGCCAUGGAGACGGUAUUCACAAUCAGCACUGUCACUAUGUUGUUCUUCUCGGUGCGCGUGAUGCAGAUCCUGAGUGACAUGCGGCGUCGGAACCCGCUGGACAAGAAGGUGAGGGACAACAAGUCUGUGAAGAUCGUCCUGAGCAACCUGGUGGCCUUUAUGCUGUGCUUCAUCCCGUACCACGUGGCCGCAGUCGUCUACUUCCUGGCCAAGAACGGCACAGAGAACCCAGACGUCAUCAACCCCCUCAGAGACUUCGUUCACAUCAGCACCUGUCUGGGCAGUGUCAACUGUCUGACGGACGGGGUCUGCUACUACUUCAUCCUGAAGGAGAACCUGUUGACUGCCAGCCAGGAGAGGAGGAGGAUGUCCACUAGAGGGAACAACGUGGCAAAGCCCGGGGAAAUCGACCAGCAUCCGAUGGACAACAUCAUGGUCAAGGGACCCAGAGAGACAGGAUCAGACAACCAGGUCACUGGAGAUCGAUAGGACUUGCUAGAUAGAUGUGGUUUAUCGGAGUGGAGUGGAGAUUAGGGUGGAGGCGAUUUCCCUGUAGGUGGAUGGCUAUUACCUCUAUCUGGGAAACGGAAACUCAGAUCACCACAACAGAGAGGAGACAAGUCUCAUGAAAGACUCUCGAAGAAUGAAUGACUGGUGUUAGGUUCUAAUUCUCAGAGUAAAAAACUCAAAGGACAUUUAUGAAAGCUUAACCAAGUUUAUUCUGCCCAGAGGGUCAAUACAGCUGCAUUUAGAUAAAAACAUUUUCACACAAACACUGAUAUUUAACUGUUCCUCAUAGGCUGAGUCUCCUCCUACCCAUCUGUACAAACAUCAUUCUUUACUGCUAGGCAGGACACUAGUGAUACGGGCCAUAAACUUUUAUUUCUCCCUUAAGGUGACCUGACCUGACCUCAACGCCCCUCCAUCACUAAUCCACAGCUCUCUCCCCCUAUCAAUGCCUGCCACAUGUAAUCGCUUCUGAUGGGUGUCACCUUGGGGUCAUGAUAGUGGCUGCACCAAAUUAUUGAUGUAUUACAAUAAUUGAUUAUGCUUAUGUUGUAUGAAUAGAAAGGGAAGGGCUAUAAGACGCUUCCCCACUACAUUUAUAGGGUCCUGGACCACAGAUGAGCAAUAUAUUCAUUAUAAGGUUUAAUACUGUUCCACAGUUCUUUUCUAGUCUCUGCCUCUUAUAAGAAACGGUCUGAGCAGAUAUGUGAGCCAUUGCCGUCAAAACAGAGUGUCUGUGAGAAAGCACCUCAAGGCUAAAAGAGAUACAUAGACACAGACCCCUGCAGGGGAGUAAAGAGAUAGGAGACAAGUCAAACAUACCACUGUAAGCCACACGGGAAUGGAAAUUACUGCUGGGCUAUAGUUUUCUCCUGCAAGUUUGUAUAACUGUAUAUGCAUGGGCUGGGUCUCAUCAGUAGAAGGUGUUGAUGUAGGCAGUUACAUUACUAGGGGUUGACUGCAAGCAUAUUAAAGCAACUUUGACCUUUUAUAUUUUGCAGAACUUACUCUGAAACGUGUGCUGUGUUUCCGUUGUCAACUUCUGUCUGCAAUUGCAUUAAUAAAGGUUUGAUUUAUUUACUUAAAGAA